CCUCGCCCGAGUGCAUUUCGCUCGAGAUCAUACCCCCGCUUCGACCCUCACAUUACCCUUGCCACUUUCUCGUGUCCGUAUCGCCCCGCCUUAUUUCAGUUGGUGCCUAUGAGCACCAAAAAGAUUCCCGUGCAGUUUGAGUCCAUGGAGGUUGGAAACAACUUUCUUAGCUCAUUGUCCAUCGUCGUUGCCAAAUCAAAGGAACUCAUGGCUCUACACGAUCGCGUUGUAGAACACCUCGAGAAGACGAACAAGAUAGUGGCCACGAACCGUUCAUUUCCGCAUAUGUCCUUGUUCUACCUAGAUGAAUCGUUCAAAGGAGAACGCUUGCAGCUUAGCAAACAACUGCGGGAAACAGGAAGAGUCCACGAAGGAGACAAGACCCUUACGCUGAACUGUACCAUUGAUGGUGCUGGGCGUGAAUUUGGUGCUAUGAAAGGCUUUGAAGGGGCGGAGAUAUGGCUUGUCGAUUGCACUGAUGCAGUGGAAGAUUGGAAGAUCCUAGAGAGGCGGGAGCUC